UUUGCCUUGACUCUUCUCCCCCAGAAAGUGGACUUUGCCAACAACAUGCAGCUCUCCCUCACGCUGGCUGCGCUCUCCAUCGGGCUGUGGUGGACAUUUGACCGGUCUCGGAGCGGUUUAGGUCUCGGGAUUGGAAUCGCUUUCUUUGCAACGUUGGUGUCUCAGCUGCUGGUCUAUAAUGGCGUCUACCAAUACACAUCCCCUGACUUCCUGUACGUGCGUUCCUGGCUGCCCUGCAUCUUCUUUGCUGGAGGGAUCACCAUGGGGAAUAUCGGGCGCCAGCUGGAGAUGUACGAGAGGAAGACCCUGACAGAGAAAUCUCACCUGGACUGAUGGACGCAUCGGGGGCGCCGCUGGCGUGGCGCUCCGUUGGCGUGGCGGUUCUUGUGAAGCGUGAGUAACUGCAAUCCGUGAUUGCCGCUUCUACGAGGUAGCUGGACAUACGGAGGACAUUGUGGGACAUGUGUGACCGUGUAUAGAAGCUCC